AUGGCAAUAUCAAGUUCUAUUCACAAACCUAUUAUCUUCUCUGUUUCGCUUGUAGUUCUACUCGUUACUGUUCGUGUAAAAUCAAGCCAAGUGCAGUAUUCGACAUUCAUGCCUGCUUACAGUUACUUAGUUUCAAGGAAGCAGAAGAUGCCUGUUUGUUUUGAUGAUCGAAUGUCGAUAGCUUUGAAAAUCAAAGCCAGGAGUUCAAGUGAUUGCAUCAUCAAAUGCUUGGUUAAGACAUGCAACCAAAUGCGAGGAAUGAAUUACAUGAGUUCAAAUGAUUGUCCCGAAGGUUUUGACUACGUUAUCGAAAGUGACAAGUGCUACCAACUGCGCUAUGAACGACAAACCUGGGCGAAAGGCAGGUCUCUAUGCAACAGCAUCUAUAACUCUCAUCCCGCCACGAUCGAGAAUGAUGUUGAAAAUGAUGUUUGCUAUGAGUACGUCAACUCCACAGCUUCAAGUUAUACAUUCUGUCCUGGAUCCAAUUUUCCCACUUGGUUUGCAUUCUACAUUGGCGGUCUUCGUACGUAUAUCAAAGGAGUCAGGACACCAUUCUUGUGGUCUCCAUAUCCAGGCAUCUUCAAACCAAUUCAAAACACGAGUGCCUGGCAUAGUGGAGAACCAAAUUCACUGGCAGACGGAACAGAGUACUGCGUGCAAAACAUCCUGUUCGGAUACAUCGGUUGGGAUGACCAGGAAUGCUUCCUUCCUCUCUGCGUUCUCUGCGAAUAUGAUAUUACAGUCUGA